CAAUGGGGUCUGGGAGCUGGGCCGGGCAGGGGCAGGAAUCCAGACACCCCACCCUGCCUUCCCAGCCAGGAGACACAAGAGCAGGCGCGGGCCCCGCCCCGGAGUCCGGCCCGUCUGGAGGGGAUAGGGAGUGAGGUCCCGCGAGUCAGGGUGGAGGGGCCGGGGCCGCCACCUGUGUCCGCAGGUGUUGCCGGCAGCAAGAGCUCCCACCGUACCAUGGGCUCGGAAGUCUGGGUCGGCCCGUGGCGGCCGCACCGGCCCCGCGGCCCCAUCGCAGCGCUCUACAGCGGCCCGGGGCCCAAGUACAAGCUGCCAGCCAGCACCGGUUACAUCCUGCACGACCCGUCGCGGCCCCGCGCCCCCGCCUUCACCUUCGGCGCACGCCUCCCCACGCAGCAGACUUCGCGUGGCCCCGGGCCAGGUCACCUGGUGCCCGCUCGCAUGACCGUGCGCGGCCGCGACGGCGCCCCCGCCUACUCCAUCUUCGGCCGCCCGCGCCACGCAGCGCCCUUCCUCACUCCCGGACCGGGCAAGUACUUCCCGGAGCGAGCGGGGAACGCGGCGUACCCCAGCGCGCCUCGGCACACCAUCGCUCCCCGAAACUGGGGCCUCCGCGCGGAGUCGCAGACCCCAGGCCCCGGGACCUACACUGUGCCCUCGCUCCUGGGCCCGCGCGUCGUCGGUAAAGUUUCGGCCCCGAUUUACUCCAUCUACGGCCGCAGCGCGGUGGGCAGCUUCUGCGAGGACCUCAGUAAGACCCCCGGGCCCUGCGCCUACCCUGUGGUGAGCCCUGGGAUCUACAAGCCCCGGGCCCCCCAGUUCUCGAUGCUGGCGCGGACUUCGCUCCCCCAAGGCAACAGCCUGAAUCCCGGGCCUGCAGCCUACAACGUGGACCAGGUGCUCUGCAGUUCAGGGUCAAAGCACCGGAAGCCUCGCGGCUGGAGCUUCGGGAUCCGGCACUCGGACUACCUGGCCCCGAUGGUGAUCGACGUAGAUGACUGACCAGCCGGGCGGGCGCGGCCCCACGAAUGUUUCUUAAAACCUCUGGAGCCAGCAGCCUGUCGGCCUCUCUGUGCUUGCGGCGAGGCGGGCGGGCAAAACGGGAAGGUGGGCGGGCCCGCGAAGUCCCGGACUUCUCGAGCUCCCGCAGGCCCUCGUGAUUGGCCAGGACAGAAGUGAGCCGGGUCGUCCUGCCCCUCCGAGGCGGCGAUUGGCCUAAAACCCCGCCUGUCGGGAGGCCCCGCCCCUCCGCGGCUCCGGCCAGGCGCGCAGUCCCAAUGUUCCCACCCUGUGGCCUCCCGCUAGACGGGACGGAAGCCGGUUGGGAUCCGAAGAGGACCGGCGAGCGCCGCUGUGCAGGACAGGUACGGCCCCGGAUCAAGUUGUGAGACCGAGACGUGAGAGCCAGACACGGAGACAUGCACACGGGCGACACAGACACGGGACUGAGGGGCGGACACGGGAGAGAAACGAGAACGGGGUCCGGACAAGGGCACUUGGCCUCAGUGACACGGACACAGGGCGGCGACAGGUUCCAGAUGUGUGUCGCAGCCCAGAGUGGUGGCGGCCCCACCUACCUCUGUCGCACCUGCUGAUCUCUCCCGGGGAGGGAGCCAGAGCCCAAGCAGCUGCCGGGGCUGAUCCGCCUGAAACAAGGGUACAUCAGAGGCUUCGUGCGCGCUGUGCUGGACCGGACGCGCAGGGCGCACACAUCCGUGCGUGGGGACGGCUGGCUGCCCCUGACCCCGACCCAGAGGUCAGGCCCAGAGACUGCCUGCCCCCAGGGACGCCACAGCGCCCCACCACUGUCACUGACACUGAGGAUAACCCAUUGCUGUGGGAACGCCCCCUGCUGUCUACACCACCUUACCCGUGCCUAGGGGCCAUGCUCUUGGCCAUCUGGCGAAGCAUGAAUCUGGAGGAGACCGCGGCCCUGGCCAAGUCUGGGCAGCAGCUGGAGUGGCCAGAAGCCUUGUGCCAAUAGCUUGGGGACAAACAUGCCCUGAGGCAGAGUCCUGGCACCUGCCCUGGCUGCCUGUGGCUGCAAGGUUAGAAGACACUUCCUCUCCAGACCAGAACCUCUGACCUCAAAAAGGCCAGCAGCCACAGGCAGCUCCUAACCUCACGCCUGACCCAGACAGAGCCCCCAGAGGCAGGGCCCAGGCUUCUCACCCCCAGGACAGAACUUAGAUCUCCCUUCCCGUCAGCCCCCAAUAACAGGACCAAAUCAUCCAGCUGCCCCUUCCCCUUCGGUUCCCAAGGGAAGAGCUGUGUACUGCUCUCCCUCCAUCCCCCAGACUUGUACCCCCAGCAAUAGGUACCAGCCUCCUCCCCCCACUGACACCCCCCAUCCCAAACCAGGACAAUU